UCAUUUUCAGUUGAAUUCAAGACUUUGAAGAGUUGAAUAUAUUUAAUUCAAGGGUAUCAAGGAUAUCUUGGUUGUGGAAUAUAAAGCUACCUUAGGUAUAUUAAUUAGAAAAGGAAGUUGACGAAGAUGGCCAGUUCAGACACCCCGCAAGCGAAGGAUGCCCUGCUGAUGACCUUCAAGAACCAGCUAAAAAACGAUGUUCGCAGCAUGUUGGUGAACUUUGAGGAAAUCCUCAGGUUGGCUUCCCGUGAGAGUAAUGGUCAAGUUCCCAAACCAACUCAAUACGAAAUGGAUUCUCUGGAAAUGCAGGUGCGGGCCGCCAAUGUGGCUCGCGCUGCCGAUUCGCUAAUGAAGCUAACAAAUGAUCUCAAGGAAAUCCACAUUCUCAGCGAUGUUGCAGAACUCGACGAGGAAGUCAGAAAGAAUUUGGAACUUAUAAAGGCCAAGCAAAUCGAGUAUGACGAGAAGAUAAGCAAAUUGGCCAAAGAUAUGGCCGAUGAACUGUUUGAGCUGGAGGAGGAGUACUACGAGCGCGGCAGCCACAAUUUCUAG